UUGUGGCGAUGGCGGACACCAACAUGGCGGAGGUGGAUCAUGACGCCAUUGUUCUGUUUCCUAGCAACGAGGCCCGAGCUGGCAAGGAAAGACUCAAGAGUGCGUCUGAAAUAAUAGUGGUGAACUACGACAAAGCUCUGGAGUACCUUGGGGGGUUUGGUCCGUGGCAGAAGAGGGUGUUCUUCCCUGUGGCCAUCCCGAUCGCCAUUAGUGCACUGCAGGUGAUGGGCAUCGUCUUCCUUGCGUUCGAGCCCGACUUCAAGUGCCGGGUGUCUCUGGAAGCCUUCUCGGGGCUGAACGCGACCCCGGCCGAGCUGCUGAACGUCACCAUCCCCUGGGAGCUGGAGGACGAGGAAUGGAAACGGAGUCAGUGCGAACGUUACACCUACAAUCUAUCGGUCGCGGACUUCAACACCACCUAUGCAGAGUUCGUCGAGGCUCAUCCGGCGGCCAACCGGACCCAGAUCCCGUGUGAUCAGGGGUACGAGCACGACACGUCCGAGUACAAGAGCACUGUCGUCACAGAUUGGGACUUGGUCUGUGGGAACAGUUGGAAGGUGAACCUGGCGGAGUCUCUGUGGAUGGCAGGACUCAUGUUCGGGGCGGUGGUCGGGGGGCAUGCAGCCGACAGAUGGGGCCGUAAGCCCGUGCUGUUGAUCGCCCUCGCCGCGGACUGUGUGUUCUGCACGGCCAGCGCCUUCUCCCCGAACUACAUCGCCUUCGCAGCCUACCGCUUCCUCAUGGGCACGUUCACCAUGGUCACCACACUGGUGCCUUUUGUCAUCGGCACAGAACUUGUGUCCGCGGAUAAGCGAGGGUUGGUGGGGAUGGUGAUCUGGAUCUACUGGGCGGUGGCGUACGUGCUGUUAGCCGGGAUAGCCUACCUCAUCCGCCCCUGGAUGUGGCUACAGAUCGCCAUGACUGUACCCUUCCUUGUCUGCAUUUCCUUUUGGUGGAUAAUCCCAGAGUCCCCACGCUGGCUCAUCUCCAGGAACCGGCACGAGGAGGCGGCCGCCAUCUUGCGGCAAGCCGAGAAGGUCGCCAAGGUCACCAUACCUGAUGACGUCUUCCAUGACGCAAUCCCUCUGUCUCAGGAACAAGAGCAGGCGAAGAAGAGUGAGACCUACACGUUCAUUGACCUCGUCAGGACCCCGAAUCUACGCAAGUGGUCUCUCAACCUCUUCUUUAACUGGGCUGUGAACUCCCUGGUGUAUUAUGGGAUCUCACUGAACACCUCUGCGCUAAGCGGGAACGUCUACCUGAACUUCGCCAUGUCUGGUCUGGUGGAGAUCCCAGCAUACCUCGGCUCCAUCUACCUCCUCAACAAGUUCGGAAGACGCUGGCCUCUGUGCAUCCUGCUCGUCUUUGGCGGUAUCUCCUGUAUCGUGGCCUUCUUCAUCCCAAAAUCCCUUGGAUGGCUGACCACCACCCUGGCCAUGAUCGGAAAGUUCUGCAUCACCGCUACAUUCGGCAUUGUUUACGUCUUUUCGGCCGAGAUCUUUCCUACCGUUGUCAGGCAAAUCGGUAUCGGCAUGGCGUCGAUGAGCGCUCGGGUGGGCGGGAUCGUCGCCCCGUUCGUGAACCUGCUGGAGACCUAUUGGGCGCCGAUGCCUUACGUCAUCUUCGGGGGAGCGUCGAUCGCCGCCGGACUGUUGGCGCUGCUGCUACCGGAGACCAACAAGAUGAAGCUUCCGUCCACCAUCGAGGAGGGAGAGAACUUCGGGAAGGAAGGCAUCAUACAGGCGGAAACCGGCGAAAGGACGGCCAAGCAACCAAAAGCAGGCAAAGGGGUAUACGUGUAGAUUCCGAAGACUAGCGUUAACUUGUUCUUUUCUCCAU